UUUUGGACUACUCUAAUUUAAUUAAAACAUAAAGCAAGCAAAACAUUUUCAAUAGAGAUGCCAACAACCUGCGAAUUUGAAUUGGAUCGCCUUAAUCCCAUUUACUCUUCGGGAGAGUACAUCAGCGGUCGAAUACUUUUGAAAACGGAAAAAGUGAAACGAGUCAAUGCCGUUUAUGUUCUACUGGAGGGUGAGGCAAAAGUUCAAUGGUCGAUUAGUGGCCGAGAGUCUGCCACUUAUUAUGGCCAUCAACAGUAUUUGUAUUCACGUGCAAAUGUUUUUGACAAUUCGGAAUUCUCGGCUGGUUUGCAUGUCUACGUGCUAACAUUGCGCAUACCACCAGACUGUCCGUCCUCCUGCAAAGGACCCUAUGGCUAUAUAGCCUACAACAUUUCCUUGGUCAUUGACAAACAAAGGACUUUCGAUGAGGUUUUUCGCAAGCCAAUAUGUGUGGUGCAAAGUUUGGAUUUGAACUUUCAUCCUGAAUAUGGGCUCCCCGUUAAGGCCGAGAACAUCAAGUACCUAUGUCAGUGGCCUUGCACCUCGGGACCCUUGUGUUUCUCCCUUAUGCUACCCUAUGCUGGCUUUGUUCCCGGCCAACACAUCAAGUACUUCCUAGAGCUAGACAAUCAGUCGCCACACUAUGACAUUGUAGGAGUGGAGGCCUCCCUCAAACAACACUACGUCUUUUUGGCGCGCAAACCCAUGAAACGUAAUUUCCAUACAAAAACACUCAUCAAAAGUGCCAUUGAGGAGAGUACUUUGCGUCUGACGAAACGCUUGUACGAGGGCACUUUGCUUGUGCCCAUCGAUACGCCCAGGUCAACGCUGAAUCUCAACUACAUUGUCUUCAUUCACUACAUGCUGCAGGUGAAGCUGAAGACGGGAGCCUUUCACUAUGACACAGACAUUUCGGUUCCCUUGGUGAUUGGCACGGAGCCAUUGCGUCAAUACCAAGAGGAACAGCGCAGGUUACAGCGUAACUUUAAUCGUAAUUGCAAUAUUUGCACGGGCAGUAAUCGCACGAGAGGUGAAAGAACCAAUCCAGGUGGAGGAAAUUUAGUGACAUCGCAACCUACUUUAAGACUGCGUAGAGAGUUGGAGGAGUUGUUGGAGUCGCAGGUGCAUGAAGAUGAUGAUGAGGAUAUGGGUGCGAGUUCAAAAGAUGUUCCAGAAGAUGAGCCGCCUUCCUAUGACAGUUGUUUGCCUCCCUCAUUUAGUUUUGCUACCACUUUGGGAAGCCAAGCUGCCAUGGAAGUAUCGGAGCUGAAACGAAUUGAACAGCAAAAAAUCAACAUACAACUGCCUCAAUUUCCUGGCUAUAAUACUUUCAACUCUCACACUCAAUCUCCUUGUUACACCAAUGAUUCCCUGCUGGAAGGAGAACAUUUUUAUAAUUCCUCAGGUUCCCUGCUAACCGAUCACACAGGUCGAUCAUUGGAUACUUUGGAUAUGCUGACCAAUGUGGAAGAGUGUUUAUCACAAGGUGAAGAACAUGAAACACAACAUAGCAACAGUGAGAGUUUGGAUGGAGAUGUUGCAUCUACAGAGGUAAUAAAUGAUGUGGUUAUUGAACAAUGUAAUGAAGAUGAUGAUGUUGGAUGUGCUGAGGAGAAUUAGACUUCUCUAGCGUUGUGCCUCAAUAUGGGAACAUAGAUCUUUACCAUUAGUUUAGUUCAUAGUAUAGAGUAAUGAGAAAGGAAUAUUUUUUUAUAAAAAAUUUAGAUAUCACUCAUAUAACAGUCGUUUUAUGUCAAAAUAAGGUUUCACUUUAAUACAUUGCGAAUAAUUGGUGAUACCUAAGUGAAGUGGGAAAUUGCAUUCCGAGCCUAUAAAAUAUGAAUAUUUA